AUGGGGGGAGAGAGGGUCAUGGAUCUCUACGAGAAGCUCGAGAAGGUCGGCGAGGGGACCUACGGGAAGGUGUACCGGGCGAGGGAGCGGGCCACGGGGAAGAUUGUGGCGCUUAAGAAGACCCGCCUUCCCGAGGACGACGAGGGGGUGCCGCCUACCACACUCCGCGAGGUCUCCCUGCUCCGGAUGCUGUCCAUCGAUCCUCACGUCGUCAGGUAACCCCCAUCAAUCUCCUCCCGUUUCGUUUCCCGGUGGUUUCUUUUCAGAGGAAUCUUCGUUCCCCGCCGAUCGAUCACCCGUGGACUCUCUCGUUCGAUGCAGAUUGCUGGAUCUCAAACAGGGGAAGAAUAAAGAGGGCCAAACCAUUCUGUACCUGGUCUUCGAGUUCAUGGACACCGACCUUCGGAAGUACAUUAAGACGAUGCGCCAACAGAGAACUAUGAUUCCAUCUAAAACUCUGAAGGUAAUCCAACGGCGAAUAGCGUUAUUACCCGAUCAUGUCAUCGGGGAGUUAUGCCUCCUCAUUCGAGUUCAUGGUUGACCGAGCUAUGUAUGCAGAGUCUGAUGUAUCAGCUCUGCAAGGGCGUGGCCUUCUGCCACGGUCACGGAGUGCUGCACAGGUAAUGUGUAUGAUCGAUCCUCGUGAUCCUUGCCUCAUACAUGACACUAUCCGGUGCCUCAAUCGCCCCUUCACAGGGACUUGAAGCCACACAAUCUGCUGAUGGACGUGAAAACGAUGAUGCUUAAGAUAGCAGAUCUCGGACUCAGCCGUUCGUUUACCAUUCCCAUCAAGAAGUACACUCAUGAGGUAUCGUAUACCUGAUCCGCCAUUCUUAGGGUUGUACUAAUGAUACUUGGCUGGUCUUACACUGAGAUGCCCCGACGUUUCUUCAGAUCCUGACGUUGUGGUAUAGAGCUCCUGAGGUGCUUCUUGGGGCGACUCAUUAUUCAACGCCCGUUGACAUUUGGUCAGUGGGCUGUAUAUUCGGUAAGAAGCUGCUGUUUCUUCUUCCUCAUCUCAUUCUGAACGCUGAAAUACUGAUCAACUUCUACAGCUGAAUUGGCAACAACUGAAGCCCUCUUUACCGGGGAUUCUGAACUGCAACAACUGCUUCACAUCUUCAGGUGCUUGUUCUUCCUCAACGCACCUGCCCAUGUCCACUGAGAUCUCCUGUCUUUGAGCUGACCUUUCAAGUCAUAUUGGCGCAGGCUUCUUGGCACCCCAAAUGAAGAGGUGUGGCCAGGAGUCAGCAAGUUGCCGAAUUGGCAUGAGUAUCCCCAGUGGAUCCCCAAAAGUCUUUCAUCAGCUGUCCCCAACCUGGAACCCAACGGGGUGGAUCUUCUCUCUGUAAGUGUCGACCUCUCUGGUUCAUCAGCUGGUUCAUCGACCUUGUCUCUGUAAGUAUCGACCUCUCUGAUCGGGGGAAUUCCUUGUUUGAUUAUGCUGCAGAGGAUGCUCCAAUAUGAACCUUCAAAGAGGAUUUCUGCCAAGAAAGCCAUGGAUCAUCCAUAUUUCGAGGACCUGGACAAAACAAAUCUUUGA